AUGAUUGCUAUACCUAUUCAAUCACCUGUGGUUCUACAAAGACAAAAAACCGGUGAAGCAAGACAGGAAGUAAUUUCAUCAACGGCAACAGCCAAUUCAUCUGCAACUACCUGUUCUACAGGAAUAUCAACUCUAACGACAACCAAUAGCAUGACAAAAUGGAAAAAUGAUUUCGUUGUGGAAUUGUUGAAAUUAAAAAAUCAAUUAUUAAAUAAUCCAUUUUUUUCAGUAGAACGUUAUAAACAAACAAUUGAAUUAAUAAACAAUGCUAAAUUAAAAAUACCAGAUAUUGAUCGUGGUCUAACUGAUGCUCGAAAUGUGUUAGCUGCUACUAUGAAAAUUAAACAUGACAAAUAUAAAUUAGGUACCGAGCAAGGUGUUCUUCACGAUUAUUAUAGUUUUCAUCAACUAUCCAAAGCACCGCGAACACCAACUUUAUAA